AUGCUUCGUCUCAACAGCCGACUUCUAGGCAAACAAGCCACCUCGCCGACGAAUUACAUAUGUCAACGUUGCUUCCAGUCUGCUAGGUGGUCUUCGUCGCCGUCCAGUCCUUUGCGCAAUCCGUUAUGCUCUCGAGAUUAUCACACGACAGCUGCCUCGUUACAACGCCAACGCUAUGAACAACGGGGUGGGGGUAAAGGAUAUGGAGGAGAACGACAGGGAGGAAAAAGCUACGACCGGGGAGAUGGAUGGGGUCAUCGGGGAGGACAGCCACGGCGUCCCCAGAAUCGACGAUAUGACGAAAGAGACGAAGCUGAUGCAUACAUCUCGAAAAAGCGAUAUGGAGGUCCUCGGAAAUACAAACCGGCUGAAGACGAAUAUCCUGAUGAAGUAAGCGACGGAGUCGAGUUCGAGCAAUCUCGGUAUCAAAUCGAUGGAGGUGUAGUAGGCAGAGCUGCACAGGAGAACCUCCCAGACCUGCAGGCAAUCAUGGCCAACGCACGAGAUGCGGAUUUCUCUAGAAAGUUGCACAAGUUGCAACGUGAGGAAGCUGAAAAGCGGGAUCCGGCUCAGCGGAUUUUAGACAAUCUAGUGAAACCGACUACAUUUGAAGAAUCAUCACUACGACCGGUUGUGAAGAAAGCACUGGCAAAGGCAUAUCCAAACAUCAAAUCACUAUCAUUCACACAAAGGAAUAUGCUUGUGCUGUUGCAGGAAGGCUAUAGCUUGUGCGCUACUGGUCCAGCUGCGUCAGGAAAGAGUUUUAUUACUACUCUGUGGCUACUUCAGCUAGCAAGGAGUUUGAGCGUGGUUACGAAGCCCGAUGGUACCUCUAAAAAGGUACCAAGUACCACCGGUAUUAUCUUCGUUCCGACUAUCGACCUCAUGAAACAGUAUAUGGACACCCUAGAUAACCUCGUCGGUGCCCUCACCCAGUCUGGGCAGUCUGCUCCUCCCAAAGAUACCAUCUUCCAAGGAUUUACUCGUCUUAGCGAUGAAGUUGGGGAGAAUGAACAAAUCGAAAGGCUGAAAAAGAACCCUAGCCCGCAUAUUAUCGUCACUACACCCACUAGAUUUCUCGAUAUUCUGAACGAUCCACAGUCUAAGAACUACGUUAAUCUAGAUAACGUGAAAGUUAUCGUAGCAGACGAAGUAGAUGCUAUGGUCAAUCAGAGACCGCCCCCCAAGGCACUUGGAGACAUGAUACAACAGAAGAGAAUCAGGCAGGAGGCUAGAUGGGCCAAACCAACCCCACUGGAAACUUGUGUCGAUUUCUUGAUUGCACGGCGAGAAUUGCUAGCUCAUCAGCAAGAGCAAACUCCAGACCCCAUACAAUUCUGUUGCAUUUCUCCAAACCUAUCGCCAAUUCUGAGAUCCAAACUCGUCUACUCGAAAAACUGGAUUGGGUUUUCUAAGACCGACAGCAAGGCAAACCAAAUGGUAAACCUUGGGAUACAAGACUUCUCAAAGCUAUUCGACCAUGAAAAGAUCGGCCCCAUUGUGAGACUUCCGGAAAGAAUCAAGCAUUAUGCGCUGAGCGUGGAUAUCAACACGGGUCUGAUGAGAGAUAUUCCCAUGUUCAAACAAGAUCCACUGAUUCGAUCAUCUGAUGAACAAGCCGAGAUCGAGAAGUAUAUCAAUGUGCUGAAAAUACACGAAGAUCCCCGAUCAGAUUUGAUGAGCAAGGAAGCUUUAGCUGUUGAAGCAGCCCAAGAAAAUCUCCUAAAGGAAGAAGAAGGCAGUAUAGACAAAUACAAGUACCCCACGGGGAUAGUUGGUGGAAACCUUGAAGUCAGGGAUGUGAUCACAGAGCUUGCAAACGACUUCAGACAUACCAGUAUCCCGAAGAAAAUAGUCGUUGAAAUUCUGGAUGUUUUGCUGAAACGGGAUAAUUAUCCUGAGCGAGUCCUCGUAUUCCUUACUCCGACUGCCUCAAGAGCACAAUAUAUCGAAGCCCUCGAGAACGCAGGUUUUAACGCCGAGGUCCUAAGGGCUGAUACUUGCGCUGCGAAAAAUAUACCACUCGGCCGCUCGGACCUCCCCGGACCCCCUCCAUCUGCUGAUGGAAGAGUCCGAACCAAGGCAGAUACUACAAUCUGGGUCACCUCAGGUGUGGCCGCAAGGGGCAUGGAUACGCCGCACUUUACUCACGCGUACAUUAUGGCCCCAACAACCGGGUACCAAAGAUACGCACAAAUGGCCGGUCGUGUCGCUAGAUACCCAUUCCAAAACGAAAAAGGGAAGUUCGUGGAGCCAAAGGGCCAGGUCACAACAAUAUUCCUUGAGGAGACCGUUGGAGACCAUAGGUAUGCUCCAAUGAUUGACGGUGUUAUUCAAGUGGAUAGUCCUGUCGAAGGCCUUGCCUGGAGACGGAUCUAUCGCAUGUACGGUGUUUGCGGUGCGACUUUAGGUCGAUACUUUGGCCCUGGGGAGGAAAGUGGUGUUAUGUUAAGGACCGUAGACACCCAUACCGCACGAUUCCCUGGAAUGGAGGAUGAGUUACCGUGGGAAGAUGGAACAAACACAUCGUCUGAGGCUCCCAAGCUUCCAGAAGAAGUAGCAGAGGAAGACGCAGCAUUCGAAUUCCUACCGUUCGAAGGCGGUGCUUCCCAUGAUACCGCACAGGCUCCCACUGAGCAAGAUAACGUACGCUCAACUGAAGUGGAAGCAGAACCGGAAUACGAAGAUUCCUUUGAGCCAAUAACCUUGAAGCAAGAUGACAGCAGCAGCACCCCAGCCAAUACUGAGCCAGUUGCUUCAGAGGGCCAGGAAUCCAUCACAGAAUCCGAAACAUCUGCGGUCGAGGAACCUUCACCCGAAGAAGAGAAAAUCGAAUCAGAGACGAGAGAAGAUGAGAACGACCCAGAAGAUUCACCGUCCAUUUAUGAGCCUUUAGAGCUCAAAGACGGUCCCUAUUUCAUUCCUGAAGACGCACCAGACCCAGAGCAUCCUAUCCGGGCACACACAGAAUCUACAGCUAUACCCCCAGAACUUUCGGGUGUUGAGGACACCCCUCUCGAACUAGGCGAAGGUAUUACGGAGGAAGAAGGAAAGGAGUUCCAAGAAGCCCAAGAUGACAUCUUUUCCGCUUUCCUGGAGCUUAAUUCGAUCCAAGAGAAGAUUCGUCAAGCACAGGAGGAACAAGAAGGUAUCGAAUCUUCUGAUGAAUCCGACGAAUCAGAUGAUAGUGAUUCUAGUGACUCUAGCGAUUCAGAUGAUGAGUUUGUUGAGCUAGCAGAUGGCGAGAUUGACGACGUGGAAGUUCAUGUUACGCCUGCGACCAAGAAGCCGGAGGAUGGCAAUUGA